AUGUCGGUGGCGGCAGGGCGUGGACCUCCCAUUCGUAAGCCGCCAAAGAAGAAAUCGGAAGGCUCCGUCGAUCGAGUCCCAUCCGAGGCAGUAUCCAGAGACCCCGUGCACCACUCGUCAUUUACGUCCCGGGCAGGCCGCCCCGAGGAGGUAGACGGCCACGCGCCACUGUCGUCGGACCAGAUGACUUCCGCAGACCAGGCAAGAGCUUUCCCUUCCUGCGCGGCCACGGUGGAAUGUUGUGCACCCAUUAUGAAAUCGACCUCCCUGAGUUUGGUCCAGCCAGAAUCCGCUGUCGCCGAGUGA